AAAUUCGAGGCAAACGCCUAUCUCGAUCGUCCUCCUUGUAUAUAGCUCCGUUAUACAUAUAGUAAAUGUGGACUCUAGUUUUGUCUAGAUUCAUUCAUUAGAUUAUUACAAUGGAGGAAGAAGAGAAAAAACAAGCACAAGAGCAAGAACAAAAAGAGGAAGAGAAAAAACAAGCAAUAAAGCAAGAACAAAAAGAGGAAGAGAAAAAACAAGCACUAAAGCAAGAACAAAAAGAGGAAGAGAAAAAACAAGCACAAAAGCAAGGACAAAAAGAGGAAAAGAAAAAAAAAGUUAAAACAAUAAUAAAAAUAUAUAACAUUAAAUUUUUUUCUCAAAUCGAUAAAUAUCCAUUGCUAUAUUGUAAACAUGGACCAGCUGUUUUAUUUGAACAAUACGUUAACGGUUUGAUAAAACGAUCUUAUGUUUGUUCGGCAUGUCGUGAUAGAAAAGAAUGCCGGUUUUAUUUAAGAUAUGGAGAACAGUUAACUAAACAUCAACAAAUUGUAUGGGAAACAGAGAAAAAGAAAAUGAAUAACAGCUACGAUCAUCAGAAGUUGUUUAUACAUUUAAAUAUGAUGUUUGCUACCAGUCCAGAAAAUCGAUCCUAUUGCCAUAAUUGCGAGAGAUUGAUUCUUGUUCAUGAAAGAGACAAACAUAGUGAUCAUAAAAUGACCAUAGGUUUGACUGAUUAUCAAAUGCAUCAUCCAACGGAAUUGCUUAAACCUUUGGAAAAUUCCAAAAAAGAGGCUCAAUAUUUAUUUUCUAAAAAAUCUGUUCAAGAUAUCAUAAACAUGUUGUUAGAACUUAAAGCAAAGCAAGUUCUUUGCAUCGGUGCUCCUAGGAUACAUGAAUACAUUUCUCUAAACUUGGUCAAUCAAAUAUGGUCUUUACUUCUUGAUAUCGAUGGAAGAUUUCAUAAUUUUUUUAGCCCAAUGCAUUACGCAUGGUACAAUUUAUUCAAUCAUUAUUUUUUCAACGACAAUGCUCAACUUGUAUUCAAAGAUUUCCUUACACGAAACAACGGUAAAGAUUUGUACUUAAUAUGUGAUCCACCAUUUGGUGGUCGCGUAGAACUCAUAUCCCAAACCAUAAGGAAGAUUUCUGAUCUGCAUAAACAGUUAAACAAAAUUGAAAGCGACGGCGAUCAUUUGAAGAUUAUGUUUAUAUUUCCAUAUUUUAUGGAACCCAUUAUAAGAGAAAAAUCCAAUCCACCUAAUGUUACUGGCGGUUUAAGAGAAUUAAAAAUGUCAGAUUACAAAGUUGAUUACGAAAAUCAUCAACUUUUUAAAACAGAUCGUACUGGAAGAAAUUAUGGAUCACCGAUUAGAAUAUUCACUAAUAUACCUUUGAGUUUAUUAAAACUUCCUGAAUCGGAUGGUUAUAAAUAUUGCAAAAUAUGUCAGAAAUGGGUUUCCAAUGAAAAUAAACACUGCAAGAAAUGUAAAUCAUGUACUUCUAAAGAUGGAAGAACAUACAUACAUUGCAAUAAAUGCAAUCGUUGUGUUAAACCAACUUGGACACACUGCCAUACUUGUCAAAGAUGUCUUUUAAAGAAUCAUGAAUGCAAUCAAAAAUGGAAAAUUUCAGGACGUUGUUUCAAAUGUAACAAAUUAGGUCAUACAAAAAACAAUUGUGAAGCUAGUAACGAAGAACCAGAAAACAAAUUAAAGAAAUUAGGAAAACGUAAGAUGAUUUCUAACAAAGAUAGUACUCUAAUCAAAAAGAGAAAGAAGAAUACAAGCCCUAGUAUUGAUUUCAAUGAAAAAUCAAGUAAAUCAUCUAUACCAAAAUUAAAGAAUAAAAAUAAAAAAUCAUCAAUUAGUAAGAAAUCAUUAGAGAAAAAUGUUGGUGAAAUCAAUAAGAAAACUUCAAUAAAACGACAGAAAUUAAUUAGUCGUAAAUUUAAAUCUCCGAUUCUAACGAGAUUUAAUAAAUUCCAAAUAUUAAGAAAGAAGAUUAAGCUAUCUCCUACUACGAAUGAGAAACUAAGAAAAGUCAAAACAAAGUUAAUAAAUAAAAUGAAGGUCGAAGAUAUUAGUAGUACUUGCUAAACAUUUUGAUCUUACGUAUUUGCAAAGAAAGUGAGAGAGACAUAAAUAAGGAAUAGGUUUUAUAAAUAAGAAGUUCAUAAAUUUAUCCUUUUUUUAUAUUUUACUAAGAUUUAUUUUCUCUCUCUCGCGCACGCGAAUGUAUGUAUGUAGAUUAAAGCUUUGAUUCCGAACAAUGGCGGAUUCUUAAUGCAUUUUUCGAUUUGGAGACUAUAUAGUGAAUAAAAUACAUACAAUAUA